AUGGAGCUGGCUGCAUACUGGAAGAGCAGCGCUCUGAUUUGUAUUCUCCUCUUUAAUUUUGCAAAUUAUGCCUCGAUGUGCAAUAUUACCGUUGGCCCUGAAAACAUUACAUUUGAGGUACCGCCCCUAAAACCUGAAGACUACGAUUGUCAGUACUCGUGGAACAAUGAUAGCAACGUGGUCUUGGCCAAUCAUUUGGAAUGUCAUCCAAAAAUUCUCCACCAAACCAUCACAUCACUGGUGAUUGCAAGAUGUUACAAUGUCACCUACAAACUCAACUGUAGAUAA